CUUUUGUCAGUAGAUGAGUCAGUUGAGCAUGAGAAUGAGGAAAUUAAGUCGUCUGAGCCAAACCAAACCAUCCACGUGGAAUCAACUAAUAUCAGCUGUAUCACACCGGCCAUAGCACAGUUCCCCAACCCAUUACUCAGCAAAAAGGCUCGGCAACAUGGUGGAGUUAUAUUCCAUAUACUUCUAGCAACCUACAUGUUCCUAGGGCUGGCUAUUGUCUGCGAUGAAUUCUUUGUACCCUCGUUAACCAGGUUUUCUGAUGCCCUUGGCCUUUCUCCGGAUGUGGCCGGAGCCACAUUCAUGGCAGCCGGAUCUUCAGCUCCUGAGCUUGCUACUUCGGUUAUUGGAGUUUUUGUCGCGCAGGACGACAUUGGUGUGAGUGGAGUAGUGGGAUCAGCUGUGUUCAACAUCACACUUGUUAUUGCAGUCUGUGCUAUUGCAGCUCCCCGGCCAUUCACGCUCAACUGGUACUCAGUCUGCAGGGACUGUUUCUGUUAUCUGAUCUGUAUCAUUGUUCUCAUCAUUGCCAUCGCCAACGGAGAAGUUUCAUGGUAUGAGUCAACCUUCUUCCUAGUCCUCUACGUGGUUUACUGUAUUGCAAUGGCGUUCAACUCAAGGUUUGAAAGUUGGGCGACUAGAAGUUUACCUAUCCCUGAAUCCUGGCGGACUGCUUCAACAACAAAAGCUGGAGAGUUUGAGAAAUGGAAUGAAGAAAAAGCUGCAGAAAGCAAGACAAAUGGAAAUGGUCAAGAAAUGGAGAUGAAAAUGAAUCCGGACGGAACAACAGAGAUAAAACUGACCCCUAAUGAGGAGAAUAAGUCCCUAAAGAAGGAGGAAGGGGAGGCAGAUCUACUUAAGAAACCUAUGGCACUGGAUGACGGAAAAUGGGCAGUAUUCUGCUGGUAUGUGAGCUUUCCCCUCAACCUUGUAUCCGUGUACACCAUCCCAGACUGUAGGAAGAGACAGUACAGCAGAUGGUUUAUCCUCUCUUUUUUUAUCUCUGUGUUCUGGAUCUGUCUAUACUCCUACGUCAUGGUUUGGAUGAUUACUAUCAUCGGCUUUACGUUCGGUAUCCCUGAUACUGUGAUGGGAUUAACCUUCAUAGCUGCUGGAGUCAGUGUACCUGAUGCUCUAUCGGGUGUAGCUGUAGUCAAAGAAGGGCAUGGUGAUAUGGCGGUGAGCAAUGCUAUUGGUAGUAAUGUGUUUGAUAUCCUGGUUUGCCUUGGUAUACCUUGGUUUAUCAAAACUGUAAUCAUGGACCCAGGAUCAACAGUGCCAGUAACACACAAAGGAAUUCUCUACUCUACCCUGACUCUCUUCUCCACAGUUAUCUUCUUGAUCGUUGCCUCUCACAUCAACUCCUGGAGACUAGAUAGAACAAAUGUCCUUGGACAUUUUAACCCAGACGAAUGUGACAGCGAUAUAUAACUUCACAGCUGUCAGCGAUAUCAGUUGUCAAAGAUAGCAAACUACCCCGCUAUCUGAGAUAUCAAACUACCCAGCUAUCUGAUAUAUCAAAUUACCGGCAUUCAGAGAUUACUAACUAGUAACUACACAAUUGUCAGCGAUAUCUGACUUAACAGCUGUCAGCGAUAUCGAACUUUACAGAUGUCAGUAAUAUCUUUCUACACAGCUCUCAGCAUUAUCCAACUUACAGUUAGGAAUUGGCAUUGCUAGAUUCGCUUUACAGAAAGGGUUUUAGACUUUUAAAAGGUUUUACGACAAUGCGAGAAGGUCCCAAUAUUUAAAACUAUAUUCUGUAUGAAGUU